AUGACUACGAAAUUACAGGAGGAGGUUGAAAAUUCUGUUGUUAAUGAAUCCUCUAGUAAUGGCAGAUAUGCUCCUCAUCUUUCAGAGUUUUAUUCUAUUGUGAAUAAGGAUAAUGCGAGGGCAGACGUUAAUUCUGGCUUAGAUACAAGACCUUCAAGCAAUAAUACUAAUGGUAAUGGUAAUGGUAAUUACAAUAACAAUGUUAAUCAUGAAAUGGAGAAUGAAAGUUUGGAUCGUGAGGUGAAUGUAAGUUCUUCGAGUACAGAUUAUUCUCAUAGACGAACUUUAAGUAUUAAAUCUGGUAUGAGUACUAUAAGUGAUUUAAGAACUUUGGUCACUAAAAGAGAUACCGAUAACACUGCUAUGACUAUAAAAGAGCUUCUUAAAAGUUCAGUUCAAUACUCUAAAUCGUUAAGUGAAGUUUCUGAAAGAUCAAGUAAUUUUGCACAUUCAUUGGAAAAUUUAGCAAGGUUGAAAGGUUGCAAUGAUGAUAUUGCCGAGAGGAUGCUAAGUGCUAGUGGUCUAUUCCAUUUAUUAGCAAACCAUCAGCAAAUCAUGUCAGAAAUAUUCAGUAAAUUACUAGCAGAAGAUAUAUCAAAAGAGUUAGAUUCUUUUAAUUUCAAUUCAAAUUGUAUAAAUAACGAAUUCAAAGCAAAAUGUAAAGAACAAGCAUUAAAAUUAAAAUUACAGGAAAAGCAUAAUAUCGAACUAUCAAAAAGAAAAGUUAGAAAUAUAUUAUCUUACAGAGAAAGUCUAUCAAAUUUACAAGUUCAAUUAGAUCAUUUAGAAACAUUAAAACAUGAUUUUUAUCAAGAUUCAUAUUUACUUGUCGAAUCAACCUGUGAACACAUUUUAAAUAAAGUUGCAAGUACAGUUAGAGCACAAGUAGAAAUAUCAGAGAAUAUAGCAAGGAAAGGUUGGUCAGGAGGGGGAUUAGACGAUCUAUUGAUGAAAGCAGAUGACCCAUUCCAUGUUGAACCUGAUGAAUUUCCAGCAGAAGUAAUGACCACACAUUCAAAUUUAGUAUCACCAAUAGUAACUAAUGAUACUACAAGUACAAAUACCACAGAUUAUAAUCAAAACAGGGGCGAAAUUAUAACAAACAAAACUGAUAAUAAAGAUAAUAAUAACAAGUCAAUAUCCUUACAUUCCAAGAAUGAUAAUGAUAAUGAUGAUGACGAUAUUAAUAACAAUAAUAAGAUAAGUCGAAAUUCUACUACUGAAUCUGAAGAUGAAAAUGAAGAUGAGAAUAAUUCAGAAUCAGAUACAAAUUUCGACAAUUCAUUCUCAUUACCACAAACAGUAACAUCAAAUAGGAGAAAAAGCCAACUAACAGAAUCUGAUGAAGAUAAUGAUAACAUCAUAAUUGAUAAUAUGUUAAGUGAUAUGAAUUUAGAUGAAACUCUACGAACAAAAAAAUAG